AUGGCUCCGAAAGAUACAUUCUUCCGCUCGGCGGAUAUGAGCUUGACCCAGCUUUAUAUCGCAAAUGAAAUCGGUCGGGAGGUGGUGAGCGCCUUGGGUGAAGUAGGACAGGUCCAGUUCCGAGAUCUUAACCCAGAUGUAAAUUCCUUCCAGCGGACAUUCACCAAGGAGAUCCGACGACUCGAGAAUGUUGAAAGACAACUACGCUAUUUCUCCUCACAAAUGGAGAAAGCGAACAUCACUAUGCGACCCUCCUCCGAGUUUGGAAAUACGCUUGCUGCCCCAUCUUCCGCUGAAAUCGACGAGCUUGCCGAACGAAGUGAAGGCCUGGAACAACGUAUCGUGUCGCUGAAUGAUAGCUAUGAGACGUUGAAGAAGCGGGAAAUGGAACUUAUUGAAUGGCGCUGGGUUUUGAGGGAAGCCGGAGGAUUCUUCGACCGCGCACAUGGGCAUACCGAGGAAAUCAGAACAUCUGUGGACGGCGAUGGGGAUGAUGCUCCGCUUUUGCAAGAUGUUGAGCACCAGGUUCCACGGAACGGCGACGCGCAAGGCCAGCAGUCUUUCUCCGUCAUGAAUAUCGGCUUUGUUGCUGGUGUCAUUCCUAGAGAACGUAUUGGUUCGUUUGAACGCAUCUUGUGGCGUACCUUGCGUGGAAACUUGUACAUGAACCAAUCCGAGAUUCCGGAGCCGAUCAUCGACCCUGCUACGAACGAAGAGAUACACAAGAAUGUUUUUGUCAUCUUCGCCCAUGGUAAAGAGAUUUUGUCCAAAAUCAGGAAGAUUUCGGAGUCGCUCGGAGCAAGUCUCUAUGGUGUAGACGAGAAUAGUGAACUUCGUCGUGACCAAAUCCAUGAGGUCAACACUCGCCUUGGAGAUGUCGAAAGUGUUCUGAGAAACACAACGAACACGUUGGAAGCCGAGUUGACCCAGAUUGCUCGUUCACUCGCUGCCUGGAUGAUUAUCGUUAAGAAGGAAAAGUCGGUGUAUCACACACUCAACAAGUUCUCGUAUGACCAGGCUAGGAAGACAUUGAUUGCGGAAGCUUGGGUCCCGACCAACUCUUUGCCAUCGAUCAAGUCAACACUACAGGACGUCAACGAUCGCGCUGGAUUGUCCGUGCCGACUAUCGUCAACCAGAUCCGAACAAACAAGACGCCUCCAACCUAUGUCAAGACAAACAAGUUCACCGAAGCGUUUCAAACAAUCAUCAAUGCCUAUGGUAUCACCAAGUACAGUGAAGUCAAUCCCGGUUUGCCCACAAUUAUCACUUUCCCCUUUCUUUUCGCCGUCAUGUUUGGUGACUUUGGUCAUGGAUUCUUGAUGACCCUUACUGCCACCGCAAUGAUUGUUUUUGAAAAGACUCUACUACGAACCAAGUUGGAUGAGUUGACGUACAUGGCAUUCUAUGGUCGUUACAUUAUGUUGAUGAUGGGUAUCUUCUCGAUGUACACCGGUCUGAUCUACAACGAUGUCUUUUCUCUAUCUUUCGAGUUCUUCCCCAGUCAGUGGCAAUGGCCCCAUAACAUCGACGAGGGACAAGUUGUCCAUGCAACUUUGAAGCAGGGUUACCGUUACCCGUUCGGUUUGGAUUGGAACUGGCACGAGGCAGAAAAUGCGCUGUUGUUUACAAACAGUUACAAGAUGAAGCUCAGUAUCCUCAUGGGAUGGGCUCAUAUGACCUACUCUCUCUCUUUGCAAUACAUCAACGCUCGCCACUUCAAGUCCAAGGUCGACAUUCUAGGCAAUUUCCUUCCGGGCAUGAUCUUCUUCCAGUCCAUUUUCGGUUACCUUGCCUUUACCAUUGUCUACAAAUGGUCCAUAGAUUGGAAUGCUAGAGGCGAGUCUCCACCUGGUUUGUUGAACAUGUUGAUCUUCAUGUUCCUCAGCCCUGGAACUAUCGAACAACAGCUCUAUCCUGGACAAGCUGGCGUACAGAAAUUCUUGCUAGGUUUGGCCGCUUUGCAAGUCCCCAUCAUGCUUCUUCUUAAGCCUCUGUGGCUGCGAAGAGAGCACAACCGAGCCAGAGGUCUUGGUUACCAAGGAAUUGGUGAACGCGCUCACGUGAGUGCAUUGGAUGAAGAUGGAGAUCUGAACGGUCACGCAUCCGCAGCACGUGAUAGUAUAGCUAGUGAUGGUGAAGCAGUUGCAAUGAUCGCGCAGGACAUUGACGAGGGAGAGCAUGAAGAGUUUGACUUUUCGGACGAAAUGAUUCAUCAAAUCAUUCAUACCAUCGAAUUCUGUCUGAACUGUAUCUCUCACACCGCAUCCUACCUUCGUCUCUGGGCCCUGUCACUCGCCCACCAGCAACUCUCCAUCGUUCUCUGGACCAUGACUCUUGGCGGUGCUUUCGGCAUCGAGGGCUCAACCACCCGUAUCAUCCUAAUUGUCUUUUCCUUCUACCUCUGGUUCACUUUGACCGUGGCCAUUCUGUGUGUCAUGGAAGGUACCAGUGCCAUGUUGCACUCGCUGCGUCUACACUGGGUCGAAGCCAUGAGCAAGCAUUUCAUUGGAGAUGGUAUUCCGUUCCAGCCUUUUAGCUUCAAGACCCUUCUUGAAGAGGACCCUGUUGAUUAA